AUGGAUAUCGAUACGCGUAAAUUGAAGAGUUCAUCAUUUUGUUCAGGAUGUUCCGAACCGGCAUCAAUACCUGGUGGAGUUUAUCGUGUCACUGAUUACGACGUCGGCUCUUCGGUUGAUUAUGACUGUGAUUAUGGAUAUGAAAUGAUUGGUGCUAGUCGAGCAUUUUGCAUGGUGCCAUCGGAAUGGUAUCCAUUACCACCAACUUGUAAAUAUAAUCCAUGCACAAAUGAAUGUGAAUUGUGUGAGAAAAAGACAGGCGUGUGUUUAAGACAACCAACAAGAUUAACACCACUUGUGUGCGAUCCUCCGUGUGACAAGGACGAAGUCUGUAUUGAUGGAGAAUGUACUUGGUCGAAUGUCGAUGAAGACAAAAUGGAUGAUCAAUGUUAUCCAUCAUGUCCAUUCGGUACGCAAUGUGUCAAUCGACAAUGUCAAUCAUCGUUAACACCGUAUUGCCCUGUGGUAUGUCGGCCUGGUCAAGUCUGUGUGGACGGUCGCUGCGGUUGUUAUAAAGGAUUGUGUGAAUUCGAUCGACCAUGCUAUGAAAUUUGUGAAGUAGGUGAGCGUUGUCGUAAUCAAUCAUGUAGUUGCGGUUCACGCGGUAAAUGUGGCAAGGGAGAAGUCUGUCAAUCAGAUAUCUGCAUGUGUGGUACAAGACGGGGCGGUUGUCGUUCACAUGAAUCUUGUCUCAGUGGAAGAUGUAUUUGUAAAACAAAUUCAUGUGAUCAAUGUAAUAAUACAUGUAAAUCAAAUGAAAUUUGUCUUGAUGGGAAAUGUGUCUGUAAAAGUCAAUGCCGAAACGCAUUUUGUCCAUUGCCUUGUUUGAAUGGGGGUCGAUGUACAGGCUUCUACCAAUGCACUUGUCGUCAAGGUUGGCAAGGACAUCGAUGUGAACGACAUGACUAA